AUGGCAGGCGAACUGUCGGCUGCGCCGGUUCUUUCCACGCCGGCGGAACACAUCUUUGAAUUUGCCGUUGCCACACCCGAAACCGAUGCGCAGAGGCCGCCGAAGACAGAGGAUGAGCUGCGCGACGUCUACGAGAUCGCGCGAACGGCGCGCGAAAUCCGGCAGGGGGGUUGGAAGAGGAUAGGCCUCCAGUUUCCCGACUCGAUGCUCAGAGACGCGCCGCGAGUUGUCCAAGCGCUGUAUGCUGAGCUCGAGUCCCUUUCCAGAUCAACAAACUUGCCCGUCUCGCCAGAGAAAAUACACAUCCUCGCCGAUACUUCGUACAGCGCGUGCUGUGUCGACGAGAUCGCAGCCGAACAUGUGGACGCAGACGUCGUGGUACACUACGGCAGGUCGUGCCUCUCUCCAACCUCCCGCCUCCCCGUGAUCUACGUCUUCACACGCCACAAACUCGACCGCGACGACGCGCUGGCCGCGUUCGAGAAGGAAUAUCCAGACAAGACCGCAAAGCUCGUCCUCAUGGCAGACGUGACCUACCAAGACCACGUACCCGCGCUCGCGGCCGAACUGCACAACCGGGGUUACACCAAUCUCCUUUCCACAACUAUCAUCCACGACCCGACAGGCGACAUCCCCAACCGCAAGCUCGUCACCGCACUCGGCGCCGACCUCCCCCCAGACGCCCCAGCCAUCGAUUUAAAAUCCCACUCCGUCUUUCACCUCUCCACGCCGCCGACCGCCCUCCUCCUGGCGCUCUCCUCGCGCGUCAAAUCCCUCCACGUCCACCCAACCACAACAACAACAACACAACCAGCCUCCUCCUCUUCGAUCUCCACAGCCCGCCUCCUCGGCCGCCGCUACGCGCGCGUGCUGAGCCUCGCCUCAGCCGGCGUCAUCGGCAUCCUGGUCAACACGCUCUCCGUGUCCAACUACCUGGCCUCGGUCGAGACGCUGCGGCGGCAGAUCGCGGCGGCCGGCAAGAAGAGCUACACGGUGGUGGUCGGCAAGCUGAACCCGGCCAAGCUGGCCAACUUCGCCGAGGUCGAGGGCUGGGUCGUCGUCGGCUGCUGGGAGGGCAGCCUGGUGGAGGACGACGCCGAGUACUACCGGCCCAUCGUCACGCCGUUCGAGCUGGGCGUCGCCUUGAUGGGGGAUGAGAGGAGGGUGUGGACCGGGGAGUGGUGGGGCGGUAUUGAACGGGUGGGCGGAUCUGAGGUGGGGGAGACAGACAAGGCGGAUGAGAACGGGGUUAAGGAGGCGGAUCGGAAUGGUGAGGAGGAGGACGAUGACUAUGAUGAGGAAGAGUCCGCGCCGCCGGAGUUUGAUCUCCGCACGGGCAGGCUCGUCAGCCAUAGUCGGCCGAUGCGGACCAGGACGGCGAGAGGGGGAGGGAGUUCAAAGCCAGAAGAGAGCGCGGAUGGACAAAACGCAUCGUCGAGCAGCGCCCUGGCACUUCGGCCCAAGGCGGAACUGGCUACGGUCAACGGGGUGGUCAGUCCUGGCGCCGAAUACCUCCGGUCACAGCGCACCUGGCAGGGCCUGGGGAGCGACUACGUGGCGGAAGAAAGCACGGCUAUCGAGGAAGGGAGAAGUGGCAUCGCGAGAGGCUACACGGUCGGAGAGGACCAUGAGCGAAGGUAGUUGGAAGCACUGUCGCCCUGAAAUACGAGACGACCAUCGCAACC